GCGACCUAAAGGCUUCAAUUGAACCACGGAGAUUCAUCCUUUUGUCAUUCACUGCGCAUUUUUUUAUUACCUUCUGUUUGCCAAGACAAAAUUCCAGGCCGCUUCAUGGCAGCACCACCGACCAAACAAGACAUUAGCAAUGUUUUUAAGCCCUUGUUAGCAAAUAAAUACAACAAGGCUUGCUUUGAUUGUCAUGCCAAAGGGCCUACAUGGGCUUCCGUGACAUUUGCCGUUUAUUUAUGUCAAGAUUGUGCUUCGGCCCAUCGUAAUUUAGGUGUGCACAUCAGCUUUGUAAAAUCCACCAUUCUAGACACUUGGGCAUGGGAUCAACUUCAUCGUAUGCAAUGCGGCGGUAAUCAAGCUGCGCAAGAGUUCAUUUCGAGUUCCACCAAAGAUAUUUCGGCCAAAUACAGUAGCAAGCAAGCGCAGCAAUAUAAACGCCAAUUACAGCUAAAAGCUGAUAAAGCGUCCAUAGAACAGGAAGUCACCGCGGACGAUUUGUUGGGGAAUGGCCCUGAACCCGCUGUGCAGGAUUUAUUGGGAACCGCGACUCGAACGGAAGCAUUGGUGGAUGGAGAUCCGGUAAUGGAAGCGCUCGGCCUUGCACAAGCCAAACCCCACCAUGGAUCCCUAUAUCAACCCUCCGCACCACCGUCUGCUCGUCCACACACCAAUUCAGCCGCAUUGAUUGACCUUGAUACCGCGCCACGAACAAAGGACGAUGAUUUCUUUGCCAUGUGGGAAAAGAACGCUGGGACAGGGUCCGGGACCUCAAAAACGAAAAAAAGUACAACAUUGCAGCAUAAACCAUCACCCAAGCAUCCAUUAAAGGCUCGCAAGUUACAAAGUGGAGCCUUCAAUUUUGAGGAAGCACAAGCUCGAGAAAAACAACAAGCCAAAUCAUCUUUCCACAUGCACGGUGAACCCUCCCCUUCACCGUCUUCGCCAUCUGUCACCACCUCACAUUCAUCCCCCGCUUCGACCCCGCGUGUGCUAUCUUCACGACUGACGUAUCAACCAGCGACCUCUUCCGCGAAGCAGACUAUACCACAAGAGGAACAUCCUGAUCUGGAUCGUCUAGGCAUGGGCAAAGCUCGAGCCAACAACACGUAUACAUUCAAAGCGACAGCAGCACCAUCAUCCUCUGCGACCGAAGAGGUCACCGAAGCACGGGAUCGGUUCGGGAAUGCCAAAUCGAUCUCUUCCGACCAAUAUUUCGGACGCAAUCAGUACGAUCCUCAAAUGAUGGCGGAAAAUACGGCACGUUUAGCGCAAUUUCAGGGCGCGCAAAGUAUAUCCUCAGACCAGUACUUUGGACGACAGGAUCGAGCGUCCGAUGACAUGGGCGGUUACAUCCGCGGCUCAGGCACCUACGGUCGUUCAGCAUCCUCUUCAUCCUCGUCCAACAACGCCUUGUCCAGAAAAUUAUUGCGGGUAUCAAGCAAGAUGGCGGCCAAGUUGCAGCAUGUGUUGUCUGAUCUCGAGUAAACCUUCUUUUUCCCACCCAUCAUUUCAAAUUUUUUAAUUUUAUUUUGCAUAUCCCGAUAACAAGCCGUACACCAUUUCUGGAUGCCGCCUGCCAGUCAGUAGAAGUCACCCCUCUCACAUUCAGCAAAUUCUCGUUAGACCAAAAAAGUCGAACGCAUAAGGCAUAACCUGGGCGAGAAUCUUUGGAUGGGAAUUUUUGAUAUACUUAUGCCCCAGGUAACACGAUUUUAUUUCUCUAACAAGCACAAAAGCAGCACUUAUUGGCCCCUCCGUUCCAUCCCAUCCAGGCAGGACCGGUUUUGUUGGAUAUGUCAAUGCAUUAGCAAGAGAUCUUAUAAUUCAUUAAGAAAUUAGACUUUUUUUUUCUCUGAACCAAACAUGCUGAAAAAAAAGUGUGGAUAGAAUAGAACGCGCAAGUAUUUACAGUAUUCUCUUUGGG